AGGUGAAAUGCUUGCGGUAGAUGGGGCUUGUGAAGAUGGCGGCGGCUGCGUGGCUGCAGGUGGUGCCUGUCAUUUUUCUUCUUCUGGGGCCCCCUCCAUCCCCACGGUCCUUUUUCGGGGCAGGACCGGCACCCGUGGCUGCUGCCGACCGAUCGAAGUGGCACGUUCCGAUGCCGUCGGAGAAGAAGUAUUUCAGUUUUGGAAAGAUCCUCUUCGGCAACACCACUAUCUUCCUGAAAUUUGAUGGAGAGCCUUGUGAUCUGUCCUUGAACGUAACCUGGUAUCUGAAAAGUGCUGACUGUUACAAUGAAAUCUUCACCUUUAAGUCAGAAGAUACAGACAGAUAUUUGGAAACGCUUAAGGAAAAAAGUGGCUUGUCUGGGAAAUAUCAAACAUCAUCAAAAGUGUUCCAGAACUGCAGUGAACUCUUUAAACCACAGAGCUUUUCUGGAGAUUUUGUACAUCGACUACCUCUUUUAGGAGAAAAACAGGAGGCUAAGGAGAAUGGAACAAAUCUUACCUCUACUGGAGAUAAAACUAUGAUGCAUGAACCUUUGAAAACAUGGCAAGAUGCACCAUAUAUUUUUAUUGUACAUGUUGGUAUUUCAUCUUCAAAGGACUCCUUGAAGGAGAAUUCUCUAGGGAAUCUUUUUACCAUGACUGUUGAAGUCAGAGGUCCUUAUGAAUACCUCACGCUUGAAGAGUACCCCCUGAUGAUUUUUUUUAUGGUGAUGUGUAUUGUGUAUGUCCUGUUUGGUGUUCUCUGGCUGGCAUGGUCUGCAUGCUAUUGGCGAGAUCUCCUGAGAAUUCAGUUUUGGAUUGGUGCUGUCAUCUUCCUGGGAAUGCUUGAGAAAGCCGUCUUCUAUGCAGAAUUUCAGAACAUCCGAUAUAAAGGAGAAUCUGUUCAAGGAGCCCUGAUCCUUGCAGAGUUACUUUCCGCAGUGAAGCGCUCCCUGGCUCGAACCCUGGUCAUCAUAGUCAGUCUGGGCUAUGGCAUCGUCAAGCCCCGCCUUGGCGUUACCCUUCACAAGGCUGUGGUAGCAGGAGCCCUCUAUCUUUUGUUCUCUGGCAUGGAAGGGGUCCUCAGAGUUACUGGGUAUUUUUCUUACCCUGUGGCUCUGAUAGUAAACCUGGCCCUUUCAGCGGUUGAUGCCUGUAUUAUUUUAUGGAUAUUUAUUAGCCUGACUCAAACAAUGAAGCUGCUGAAACUUCGGAGGAACAUUGUCAAACUCUCCUUGUACCGGCAUUUCACCAAUACACUUAUCUUGGCUGUGGCAGCAUCUAUUGUGUUUAUCAUUUGGACAACCAUGAAGUUCAGGAUAGUGACUUGCCAAUCAGACUGGCGGGAGCUGUGGGUGGACGAUGCUAUCUGGCGGUUGCUGUUCUCAAUGAUCCUCUUUGUCAUCAUGGUUCUCUGGCGACCAUCUGCAAACAACCAGAGGUUUGCCUUUUCACCCUUGUCUGAGGAAGAGGAGGAUGAUGAACAAAAGGAACCUAUGCUGAAAGAGAGCUUUGAAGGAAUGAAAAUGAGAAGUACCAAACAAGAACCAAAUGGAAAUAGUAAAGUGAAUAAAGCAGAAGAUGAUUUGAAGUGGGUAGAAGAGAAUGUCCCUUCUUCCGUGACAGAUGUAGCACUUCCAGCCCUUUUGGAUUCAGAUGAGGAACGAAUGAUAACACACUUUGAAAGAUCCAAAAUGGAGUAAAGAUAGGAAGAAUUGCAGGCGAAGCUGGCAUCAGGGAAGAGAUCAGCUUCGGUGUCAGUCUUCUACUUCUGCUCCGUGGGGUGAAAGGAGGCAGCAGCUCCCUGACCUACUUCUUGAUCUUGGUGCAUUGGAGCUGGCAAGAGGUGUCAGAACAAGGAGACUCUUGCUGCAAACAAGUUGACAGGAUGAGAAAAAGCUACAAGUUUCUGAUUUCCAACAUUGAUGCCCCUCCUCCCACACCCUGACAUGGAUGUUUAUGCAACUUACAUGUGUUGUUCCUGAACCGUCUAUAAUGUUUCAGUUUAAUCCGUCAAACUAAACCAGUUUAACAUCUUCUAAAGGACUAUGACACCAAGGUCAUAUUAUGUAAUCUCCAGGAACAAUUGCCUGUGCUUUUUAUUUAUUUAGGGAGUUACAUGGGUGAUGGGGGAAAUUGUUGAUCAUCUUUCAGUUUCCUGGGAAGCCAAGGUUACAUCUUGCAGAAAUAGUUUUGAGGAAUUAAGGAGCCAUGGUUACAUCAGCCAGGCUGAUAAAAUGCUUACACACACACACACACACACACACACACACACACACACACACACACACGAGAGGAACUUACAGUGUGGUUCAGAUCAUUUUAAAAAGCAAAAUCAAGUGCAAUUUUGUUUACAAAUGGUAUAUAUUAAAGAUUUUUCUAUUUCAGAUGUAACUUAGAAAUAUUAGCUUAACUCUUGACAUCUGCUAUUGUGACACAUCCCAUUGCUGGCAAUGUGGUGCACACUCUGGAACUUUUAACUACUGUUUUGUAGCCUCCCAAGGCAGCAUUGUGGAGCUCUUGGCAAGGCUUGGUUUGCCUUCAUGCCAUUCACUGGCACUGGGUGUUGCACUAACUAGGUGCAGAGAGGCGCACUCCAUCUAAGUGCUUUGGAAUGAGCCCCCACCUAGAGGAGCUCUGAUGCUUCAGAAAAGGGAGUCAACACAAAGGAAACAAGGCCUCUGGCUUAAUUUAAACAGUCACUCCUGCAUGUGCGAAGACCCUGGACUGCUGCUCAUUCUUUAGGGCUGACUUUUUAUAUCUGGUGUUGGUCUGGAGAUUGUAAGAGGCAUCUCAAGGUGAUGGGAUUCUUUUGAAGCACUCUACUUCUGUUGUGAUGGUUUUAUCCAAUUUUGCCUUCCCAAGGUUUUUGUUCUACAUAAAAAAUUCAUGCCACUUUUUAAUAUAAAAAAUUUAACAAAAUUAA